GUUUCUUCGCCCCCAGCCCAGGGCCCGCUCAGGUCUCCGCCGGCUGCGUUGGGUUCCCGAGGCUGUCUUACUCCGUGGUUCGGCCCUGAGGCUUGGUGGCCCGGGGGGUGGACUCUGCCCGCGACCAGACUCACUUCAGUACUUGCCUUUGGGAAGCCGUGUGAAUUCCUUGGUCUCCUAGCAACAAGGGACUGGGCCGUGGCCUCCGGGAGCCGCGGCGUCGGCCGGAACCCCCGGGCCUGGCCCAAGCGGUAGCCAAAACCCGGAGCUCGGAAGAAUAAGCAGGCAAUGGCGGACGAGGCGUUAUUUUUGCUUCUCCAUAACGAGAUGGUGUCUGGAGUGUACAAGUCCGCGGAGCAGGGGGAGGUGGAAAAUGGACGAUGUAUUACUAAGCUGGAAAACAUGGGGUUUCGAGUGGGACAAGGAUUGAUAGAAAGGUUUACAAAAGAUACUGCAAGAUUCAAGGAUGAGUUAGAUAUCAUGAAGUUCAUUUGUAAAGAUUUUUGGACUACAGUAUUCAAGAAACAAAUCGAUAAUCUAAGGACAAAUCAUCAGGGCAUCUAUGUACUUCAAGACAAUAAAUUUCGUCUGCUUACUCAGAUGUCUGCAGGAAAACAGUAUUUAGAACAUGCAUCUAAGUAUUUAGCAUUUACAUGUGGCUUAAUCAGAGGUGGCUUAUCAAACUUGGGGAUAAAAAGUAUUGUAACAGCUGAAGUAUCUUCAAUGCCUGCCUGCAAAUUUCAGGUGAUGAUACAGAAGCUGUAGAACAUACUGAAAUGCAAGGCUUCAACAGUUGAAAAAGAGAAUUAUUCAUGUAUAAAGUAUUUCAAGUAACAAUGGUUUAAUUACAAUGUUAGACAUUUGUAUUCGAGUAAGAGUGUAUUUUAUCUAUUCAACUCAGACCAACUCAAAGCAGAUAAAGGAACAUUGUACCAUGAUAAACACUUUAUAGAAACUAUUUAAAAUGAGGUGGAACACAGAAUUCAUAUUGAUUUCAAAUAACCAGACACCAAGAUGUAAGACCUUUAUUUUAAACAUUUUUACUUGCCUAUACUGCUAUGUAUUUAACCACAGAUGGAGAAGCAAAUCUCAGGGUUUGCUGAAUUAGCAUGAGGAAGAAAAAUAUGCACCGACAGAAUCAUUCGUGUUAAGAAUGAACAAAUUUUGAUAAAGUUUGAAUUUGUUUUAGUUAUUUAAAAAAGCAAACAAUGCAGUAAGUUAAGGUUAAUUUUUAUUUUAUUGCUUAUAAUUUAUUUCUAUUGAGAAUUUUAUGCCUGUUUAAAGAUUUCAUAUAUACAUAUGCGUAUACAUGUGUAAAUACAUAUAUGAUUGCCUAAAUGGCUUGAAAACUUAAUUUUACUUUAAUAGAUUUGAGUCCUUAAAAUUACAUUAAUGUAAUUAAAAUGAAAUACAUAUUAGUUUAAAUGUGAAUUUAGUGACUUCAAAGCCAAAGAAUAGUAGAUAUGUUGGGAAGGAAUUUUUAUGCUUGUUGCUGUUAUGGUCUUGAUUUUCAACUUCUGCCUCCAUAUGUGCAAGUUCUCGUGUAAGUUCUAAUAUCUUUAUCUUUAUUCUCUUACUUAACUCUUUCACAGGGGUGGGGGGUAAAUAAUUGGAUCAGUCACAUCUACAUUCAUCAGACUGUCACUUUCUCAGUGGUUUGAGAUCAGUGCUUAUCUUAGUAUGUGGCUCAUUACAAAAGUAUGGAGAUACACAAAACUCAAGAAACAUAAAAUCCUAGUGGACAGAAACAAACGAAGCCCUCCCUGUAACACUGAUCAGCCAAGUAAGUUGAAUCAUAAACGUUGUCUGUGUUUCUGGGGAGUGAAGUAAUGGACCAUAACACAGUUUGUCUCAAAACUUUCAUCAUGACCCAUGAAUCUCUGUCUUACCACCUCUUCCACUUUAUCUUACUAAUACUUAAAUUAGCUGGCAUGAGCAGGUAUCUCCAAUUCAGCUUUUGUAAGAACUUUGGAUAUUGGAAUAUCACUACUUUAUUGAAAUGGUACUUCCUUUCCCAAUUCAUUCUUCUUCUUCUUCUUUUUUUUUUUUUUAAAGAGACAGAGUUUUCAUUUUGUCACCCUUGCUAGAGGAGGAGCUCACAGUAACUUCCAGCUUUUGGGCUUAGGCGAUUCUCUUGCCUCAGUCUCUCGAGUAGCUGGGACUAUAGGCGUCCACCACAACGCCAGCUAUUUUUUUUUUUUGCAGUUUGUCUGGGGCCUGGUUCGAACCCAUCACUCUCAGUAUAUGGGGCCAGUGCCCUGCUCACUGACCCAUAGGCGCUGCCCCAUUAUUAUUAUUUUAAAUAUAUUUCUUUGAUAAGCAACUUCUGCAGAAGGGGGUAAUUGACACAUCAAAAAAUGGGUUCUCUGUCAUAAAAAUGGCAGAUCAAGAAAAUUGACUUCUGGGGUGGUGUCUAUGGGUCAGUGGGUAGGGUGCUGGCCCCAUACAGCGAGGAUGGUGGGUUCAAACCCGGCCCUGGCCGAACGGCAACAAAAAAUAGUCAGGCUUUGUCGCGGGCACCUGUAGUCCCAGAUACUUCGGAGGCUGAGGCAAGAGAAUCACCUAAGCCCAAGAGCUGGAGGUUGCUGUGAGCUGUGAUGCCAUGGCACUCUACUGAGGGCUACAAAGUGAGACUCUGUCUCUAAAAGAAAAGAAAAAAGGAAAUUGACUUCUUAUAAUAAAAUAAACCAAAAAAUUAUAAUUAAAAACUAAAGUAAAAACUAUAAAAAUUAACUUUCAGACAUAAAGGAAAACACGGGUUAGAGGCAUGCCAUUUUCCUUUAUGGAAAGGUGCGGUAUUACAAAAACAUCUGUUUAACUCAGAUUAAUUUAUUAUGGUACAGUCAUGUGCCACAUAACAGCGUUUCAGUCAGCAGUGGACUACAUAUAUGAUGGUGGUCCCAUAAGAUUAUAAUACCAGAUUUUUACUGUACCUUUUCAAUAUUUAGUUAUAUUUAGAUACACAAAUACUAGUUUAUAGUUGCCUACAACAUUCAGUCCAGUAACAUGCUGUACAGGUUUAUAGCUUAGAAGCAAUAUAUAGCUAGGUAUGUAGCCUAGAUAUGUAGUAAGGUGAACCAUCUAGGUUGAAGUACCCUUGAUGAUGUUUGCACAAUGACAAAACAGCCUAGCUACGUGACAUAUAGCCUAGGUAUGUAGUAAGCUGAACCAUCUAGGUUGAAGUACCCUUGAUGAUGUUCGCACAAUGACAAAAUUGCCUAAUGACUCAUUUCUCAGAACAUAGCCCCUUCAUUAAUUGAUGCAUGAUUGUAAUCCUAAUUCUCAGGUAAUUUGGAAUUUUUUUUUCAAAUAUUUAGGAAAGAAUCUACCAAAUAUAAAAAUUUAAUGAAAAGCAUAUCAAUUAAAAGUCAUAAUGACCCAGAAAUAGCUAAUGACACAGAAGUAGAGCAAAAUAGAAAUCUUCAAGAUAAACAAAAUAGGUACAGCACAUAGGAAUUGAGUGUGGGUUAGACACUCUCAUUUGCCUGACCAUCAGCCAUGUUUCUCUCCCUUCCUUGCUAAUUAUUAUUGUUUUAGUCUUAACUAUGUAUGGCUGCUUUGUGCUAUUGAAUAGUGUUUCCUUGUCCCAGAAGGUGAAAUCCUGCUUUCUGGCUAAUGAGACAAACAGGGAGUAUGGAGAACUUUUGGGAUUUUUUUUUUUGAGACAGUCUUAUUCUUUUGCCCUGGGUAGUGUGCUAUGGCAUCAUAGCUCCCAGCAAUCUCAAACUCUUAGGCUCAGGCGAUUCCCUUGCCUCAGCCUCCCUAGUAGCUGGGACUAUAGGUGCCUGCCACAAGGCCGGCCGUUUUUGUUUGUUUGCUUAGCAGGCCUGGGCCACGUUCGAACCCACCAACCCCGGUGCAUGUGGCUGGCACCCUAACCCUGAGCUACAGGUUCCCAGCUUUAUUGAUCUUCUUGCCUCAGUCUCCUGAGCAGCUGGGGCUACAAGUGCUCUCCACAAUGCCUGCCUAUUUUUAGAGGUGGGGUCAUGCUCUUGCUCAGGGUGGUCUUGAACUGCUGAGUUCAAGAAAUCUACCCACCUCAGCCUUUUAGAGUGCUAAGAUUAUAGGUAUGAGCCACUGUGCCAGGCCAUUUUUGUUGUUCUUAAAAAUUGAUACAAGAUAGGUAUUUUCCCUCUUCCCGUUGCUUCUCAGUGAAGAUAGGUGAUGAUGAUGUUUGGAGCUCAUCUGGAGCAAGCAGCCUUUUCAUGACCUUGAAAGGACAAGCGUGGGAUGAAAGCAUCACACUGAGGACUGCAGGAUGCAGAGAGACAGCAUCUGAACUGUGCUUCCAAAUUAACCACCUCUGCAACUACUUUAUCUUUGGACUUUUUGUUAUUUGAGAUAUUAAAUUACUUAACGUUG